AGUAGCACCGGCACCACCAUCAGCACCAGGCCACUAUAGAGGCCUUCUUUAGAUCUCUCUCUCUCUCUCUCUCUUUCUCCUAUUACUCUAAGUUCGUUAGUUCACGGUUUUUCGUCGUGUGAUAUUAUUACAAACGAUUGAUUACCCUUUUACAGAGAGAGAGAGAACAUGUUCCGUCGUCGCGUUAAACAACAAAAUAUUUAUAAUAAUAAAUAAAACUUCAAAUUAGCAGAAACAACAACAAAGAGGUGAAGGACUACGAUAACGAGGAGGAAAACGAGGACGAGAACGAGGACGAGAACGAGGACGAGAACGAGGACGAGAACGAGGACGUGAUCACGUGCUAAACGAUCAUACGCGUGUGUCUCUGUGUGUGUGGUGUGCCAUAAAUGUUUCAUAGACACCCUUCGUGGUGUGGAUAACAUCACGAUAUAUACCUCGUUCAAACUCACAGAAAUCGAAGCUGGAUCUCGAGGAUCUCGACGAUAUGUUCCCGGAAAUCCAGCAACUGCCGUGAAAAAGUGAACCACGUGAUAUAAAGAGUAACAACGACUGGGAAAAUGGCAGACAGACCAAAAAGUCGAUACCUGACUUUCAGCAUACUUCAUAUCGUUACGUUAAUGUGCCAAGCACUCUCAGAGCCACCGAUGUUUGCCGAACCAAUACCCAACGUCACCGUUGCACUUGGAAGGGACGUCAGUCUACCUUGCGUCGUUAAAAACCUCGGUACUUACAAGGUUGCAUGGUUGCACGUCGGUAGGCAAAUGCUAUUGACGGUACACAAACACAUGGUAGUUAAAAUACCAAGGUUUACGGUGUCUCAUGAAAAUCAAAAUACGUGGCUAUUGCACAUCAGUGGAGUUCAACAGGACGACAGAGGAUACUACAUGUGCCAAGUUAACACUAAUCCUAUGAUAAGUCAAGUUGGAUUUUUACAAGUCGUUGUACCACCAAACAUAUUAGACUCGUUAUCGACAGAGAGUACAGUGGCUGUACGAGAAAAUCAAAACAUCACAUUGACGUGUAAAGCUGACGGAUAUCCAACGCCAAAAUUAAGUUGGAAACGAGAAGAUGGUCAAGGAAUAAGUAUCAAUCGUCACAAAAAAGUAAACAAAUACGAAGGCGAGCAAUUAAAUUUGACGAGGAUUACACGCAAUGAAAUGGGAGCAUAUCUAUGUAUAGCAAGCAAUGGCGUGCCACCAACAGUCAGCAAAAGGAUCACCGUUGAUGUUGAAUUUUCACCAAUGAUCUUCGUACCAAAUCAAUUGGUCGGAGCACCAGCUGGUACCAACGUGACAAUCGAUUGUCACACCGAAGCAUUUCCACGAGCAAUGAGCUAUUGGUUUCAAGGAAAUGAAAUGAUACUUUCCAAUGAGAAAUAUACAACUAGUAUAAUGGAAAAUAGCUACAGGGCUCAUAUGAAAUUACAUAUAAAGAAUCUUCAAGCUGGUGAUUUUGGAAAUUAUCGAUGCAUCAGUAAAAAUUCUUUAGGAGAGACCGAAGGUUCUAUUAGGCUUUAUGAAAUUCCUAAACCUUCGGCGCCACCCAAAGCAACGGAGAUCAAGAGCAGCGCCAACAAAGAAGGACGAGCGAGCACACCCCCACCAGCAAAAAGGCCGACCACCGUGUGGCCAUCCUCGUACAACCCGUACUAUCCGAAAAGGACGGAAAGACCAUCGCCACCGAGCGAAGAGAGGGUCGACAGGCCUGAACAGAAACUACGUGGUGGUUACAGUACAGGUAGUGCAUACAUCAUCAGAUGGAGUGCACCGCAGUUGAUGAUCGUUGCGGUGCAAUACAUACUCACUGGACCGUAUAUGCCACCGUACGUACCGCAAACGGCGAAUUAAGAACUAAUAAUAUACAUCUUCGAUUGAUAGAAGAGAAAUGAAAUGGGAAUGAAAAUGAGGACGAAGACGAGUAAGAGAGGAUGAGAAGGAGGAGGAGGAAGGAGUAGGAGGAAGGAAAGCACCGAUUUCCGAAUCCGAAUUAAUUCGCUACACAAACGCGAUUCGGCAGUGUUCAAAUCGAUCGGCAAUUCAAUUUCGAAUCGGUGAACUUUAAACAUUAAGUCGAUUAAACAUCGAAUUACCUGUAAUUCGCGAAUUGACCCACGAGUUUGAUUACAACCACCCAGGAACAGUGGUGGCCGAAUUACCGCAAAACGAUAAUUAUGUAUGAAAGCGCGUCCGUACUUCCUGAUUACAUUGGCUUGUUAUACGUCGAGAGUAUAGUAUGUAUAGUAUAUUACGCAUUCGUAUAAAUUACAAGGUAAAUUAGAACGAAAUUAGUAGCUCGCGUUCCUCGCUAUCUCACAAUUGCUAGAUUAUCAAACGAACGAAUAUAAGUACGAACGAACGAACGAACGAACGAUAUCGAACAGUUUCUCCCAUUAAAAUCUGAAAAACACCAAUGACCAAUAUAUUUAUUUCAUUAGAUAAUACUUAUCAUUAUCAUCAUCAUCAUCAUCACAGGAAUUCUAUCAUUUAACAUAUACAUUAAUCGGAAUUGAAUAAUCACCGCGAAAUAUUUCGAUCCACGAUAAGAAAAUAAAUAAAAAUGUUAUCCUACGACAAGAAAUCCUUUUUCAUCUUUCACGAAAGGAUCGAUACGUGAGGACGAAUUUGAGAGGUUAAUUUGAAAUUUUGCUUGUUAUACAUAUAAUGUCGCCCUGGAGAUAUAUUAGUGGAAUAUUAAUCGGCAUCAUUAGUUGCACG